AUGGCCUUCCUCGACCUCCCAGACGAAUUGCUUGCUCAAGUCGCCAUACAUCUCUCUUUCUGCGACCUUCUCCACCUGCAGCAAGCAUGCACUCGCCUGUUCGACGUCGUCAAUUCUACCGCGGCGCUCCAGUAUGCCAUCGAGCUUCGCGUGGCCGGCAUGAUUGACAACCAGGCGUCACAUCUUGUUCCGGGCGAUCGACUGCGCAUCCUACUAGAGAAGGAAAAGGCAUGGAGAGAGAUAGACUUAUCGGACAGGAAAGUACUCCCGUUGAAUCACAAUCCUUCCGGCAUAUACGACCUCACCGGUGGCGUACUUCUGCUUGGCGAGAGGAAGCACUCCGAAGGAAACACUGGUACGGACGGUGUACACACCGUGCACUUGCAUUCGGCAUUUGAAGAGGGAGCCGCAUCACACACGCGCAAGCUAUGGUCGCACUUGGAUCUAGGCAAGCAAGUCAUAGACGUCGGACUCGCAGUCCAUGAACAUGACUUAAUUGCAAUUGUAACAUACUCUUACCUGAUGUAUACUCUGCCUAGAUACAUCCACGAGGCGCAAUUAUGGGCUUCCAUAGACAUACAUUUAAUUCAGCACUCAACUGGCCAGCCUCACCCUGCCGCAGCAAAACCUGUGCUGCACUUUGACAAUGUUCACUACCUCCCCGGGCAUUCCAGUAUUAUGCUCGAGGUUGCGGGGGAUACGCUCUGCUUCCUCUUCAACAACUACUUUCCGUUCAAACGCCUCUACUCCGAUCCCACCAUGUUUAACUCUUUCGUCCUCCUCUCCCCAGAUACCGUCGCCCUCCCUAUAAUCCCGAACAACUCCAUCGAAAUCUGCUAUUUCGGCAAGGAGCUCGCCGCGCCGCCUCCCCCAGCUCCCGCUACAGGUGAUGCCGAGGCCAUUGACGCAGCCUCGAGCCUUCCCAACGUCCCCCUUCUUGAUACAACCUGCAUCCUCGAGCUCCCCCCGCUGGACCACGGCGCGCUUGUUCUGCGCAUGACCUGCCGCUGCGAGCCGAACCCGCGCGGUCCCUCGAAGUCCGCAACUCACGUUGACACGCGCAAUCCGUUCUACUCGGACCCGGAGGAGGCGAUCAUGGUCCUCCACCUGCACAUGCGCCUCCCGCUCGGCGCGACGCGGGUGUACACGAUGAUCGUCCACCGCUCGUCCCUCCUCAAGAUCACGCGCUACGCGCUCGAAGCUCGCGAGCAGGCGAAAGCGCGGGGCGAAGGCCCCGAGCCACUUAGGGAGUCUCCCCCUCCCGCGACGUCCGCGCCGAUCGAACGCGACGAUGCAGACCUGAUAUCGCCCCCGUCGGUGCCCUGGAAAGACUGGGGCCCGGCGCACACCCGGUGGUUCCAGGACGAGAUCUCGGGCACGCGCUGGAUCACGACCACGUGCGGGCAGCGGUUCGUGCGCGUACGGAGCGACGGACGGUUGUACGUGUACGACUUCAACCAGCGCGCGAUGCGGCGGUUCCUCCAGCAGCGUGCGCUCGCUGGGGAGUCUGUGGGCAGUCGCAAGGGGGAGAAGGUCAUCGCGAAGGGGGAGGAUCCGAGGUUGCGGUUGAAGGUCGUGCUGGGUACGACAGUCAUCGGGUACUCGUCCGCGUGGGCGGGGGAGAUGGAGAGCGCGUUACCAUACAUUGAGAGGAGCGUUCCUAUCUCUGAAGAGUAUGAGAGCGUGUUGGUCGAUGAGGACAUCAUCGUUGGAUUGAAGGUGGGUGUAUGGCAUCGUGUCCUGGUUCCCGUUUGCUAA